CCUUCUUGUCACACGGCCGCACCCUAACGGGAUCUCUCACUGUCUAGAUCGAUCAAUUUUGUUUAUGGAUGACUCUACUGUGGAUAUGCAAAGCAACCAGAGACAAGCAAUUGAUCUAAGCAUGUUUCUUGGGGAUUUAGCUUUAGAUGAGGGUGCCAGCCGUGAUGAUGUGUCCGUAGAGGUGCCACAAGAGGAACCAGAAGAAUGCAAAAAUGAAGAUGCAGAAUCAAAAUUGACAGAAUUUGUUGACGAUAUUAUUGUUCCACCAAGAAUGGUUGAUAUAAUUGUUGAUGGAGAGGUCAAUGAAGAGUACUUAAAGACUCUAGAGGCAUUAAGCAAAAGGUUGAAAUUUGAUGAAGUUGAUUCCAUCUUCAAGACAUCAAAAGCUCUUAAAGAUGUUCAGUCGCAACUGGAAAGGCUUCGGCAAAAAGCAGUCUCAAAGGUAUUUGAAUUCAUUGUGCAAAAACUAUAUGCCUUGAGAAAGCCAAAAACAAACAUUCAGUUCCUGCAGCAGAGUGUUCUUCUCAAGUAUAAGUAUUCAAUUAUUUUUUUAAAAGAGCAUGGUAGCGAGAAAUAUAAUGAGGUUAGAGCAGCAUAUAUCGACACAAUGGACAAGAUCAUAAGUGCUCAUGUUCAUGCAUACAUACAAGCAAUGGAAAAAUUACAGCUGGAUUUAGCGACAUCAAGUGAUUUGAUUGGAGUUGAGACCAAGAGCACAGGACUCUUCUUAAGAGGAAAAGAACCUUCGAAGAAUCAUUCAUCUGUUUUUGCUCUGGGGGAUAGGAUUAAUAUUCUAAAGGAAAUUGAUCAGCCAUCAUUG